CGGGAGGGGCACAAGUUCUAGGGAGCGGCCCUCGUUUGUGAAGGUAUCUGCACGUCCAUCCAGCCCUGGUCCGGCCCCUCCCCGCAGCAAGGAUGCUCCUGGGGUUUCGCAGAGGCCGCAAGAGCCAGUUUAAACACAUCAUCCAUGGCCUCCUACCUGCAGCCAGCAUCGCACCGAAGCCAGCUGUGCCCCGCACACCUCCUCCCCGCAGUCCCAACCCUUCUCCAGAGAGACCAAGGUCUGCCCUGGCUGCAGUCAUCCUCACAACAAGCCUGACAGGCCGGACCGUUGCCAUUCCUCAGCCUCGUCAGAGAUCCCUGUCUGAGAGUGACGCGACCUCUGUGGACAAGGACAGUUUCAUCGAGCCCUAUGCCACCACCUCAGAGCUGAGGCUUCAACCAAAUUGGCAGAAUGAGACAAGAAGAACUUCUUUGCCGUCCUUUGAAAUGCUGGGCUACGGGGAGGAGGAUUCCGACACACACCUGUCGUCCAGCUGCAUGGACUCGGCUGAUGUCGGCACCCGCAGGGAUGAGGGAGGUCUCGGGGAGGCUAUGUAUGCCGUGCCCCACAGAAAUCAGGUUCCGUUGUCACAUACGGUGGACAGUGAAGAUGAGGAAAAUAUUUCUGAGCAAGAUGAGUUUCCAGGCUCACCUCUUACACCACGGCGUACACAAGAAAUAGAUGGCAAACCUUCGGUUCUGAAUUUAACGGGUGAAAAACCACCAUUAUGUGAAAAGCCUCCACCGUCCCCAGAUAUAACCGGUAGAGCACGGCAGAGAUGUUUAGAAAUAACCAAAGAGAAGUUCCAGGAAAUAAAAGAAGAAAACUUGCAUCUAAGCAAUGCAAAUCAAACCCUUACUCUUGAACUUAACAUAGUAAAACAAGCAUUGAAAGAACUACAGUUAAAACUGAAAAGAACAGAAAAAGAAAAUCGAAAGUUGAAAGAGGCUAAGAAAGCAUCCUCUCAGGAAGUCGCUGCACCUGAACUACUUUGUCUAAGGAAACAGGCUCAAGAAUUAGUGGAUGAAAAUGAUGGGUUGAAAAUGACUGUCCAUCGUUUGAAUGUAGAACUGAGUAGAUAUCAGACAAAAUUCAGGCAUUUAUCCAAGGAAGAGACUUUAAAUAUCGACGGCCUCCCAUCAAAGGGUCCAACACCACCCUGGUUGUUGGAUACAAAGUACCUGUCACCCUUGUUACUGGCAUAUGAAGACAGGAUGAAAGAGAAGGAUGAGCUCAAUGCCACCCUUCAGGAGGAAAUGAGGAUGUUUAGGAUGAGGGUCCAGGAAGUGGUGAAAGAAAACGAAGAAUUGCAUCAGGAGCUAAAUAGAAGCAGUCCUGUUACCAGCAAGGAAUGGCGUCAGCUUCAGACUCACGCAGAACUGGUUUUAGAGGAAAACAAGUUGUUGAUAGAGCAGUUGGAGAUUCAGCAAAGAAAAGUCAAGGACACCCACCAGGAGCGUCUCCAGGAAGUUUCUAAGCUGACAAAACAACUCAUGCUUCUGGAGACUAAAACCCAGAGCCAAGAAAAGGAGCUAACUCAAAACAAGGAGCAAAUGGAAAUUUUACGUACUGAAUGCCAGGAACUAAAAACACGCUUGGAUGGCAAAAUUGCAAUGAACGUCCAUGCUUCGAUUGUAAACGAAUUAAAAAGCCAGUUGCAGAAGGAAGAGGAGAAAGGAGGUGCUGAGCUAGAAGAACUGAUGGAAAAGCUGGCCGUCCUGCAAAUGCAGAAAAAGAGCCUGCUGUUAGAGAAGAACCGCCUGACAGCUGAAAACAAAGCACUGGGAGCUGAACUCGAAAGGGCACAGAAAAUAAAUAGGAGGUCUCAAAAGAAAAUUGACGUCCUCAAAAAGCAGGUGGAAAAAGCCAUGGAGAACGAAAUGUCUGCUCACCAGUACCUGGCAAAUCUUGUUGGCCUGGCAGAGAAUAUGACCCAGGAACGCGACAGUCUUAUGUAUUUGGCUAAAUGUUUAGAAAGUGAAAAGGAUGGAGUUCUCAACAAAAUCAUAGAAGGCAACAUUCGCUUGGGAAAGUUAGAGGAAAAAAUCAAGGGGUACAAGAAGCAGGCAGCACUGAAAGUGGGCGACAUCAGUCACCGUCUGACAGAGCAACAGGAAGACUUUGCUAGCAAAACCGCUCAGUACCAGCAAGAGAUGAGACACCUCCAUCAGAUGCUGCGGGACAAGCAGGGUAUCCUGGACCAGGCACUGCAGCAGAAAAGCGAGCCAGGCAGAGCGAGACAGGCCUUGAUCCCAAGCCCUCACCAUCCCAUGAGAUCAUGACCUGAACUGAAGUUGGAUGCUCAACUGACUGAGCCACCCAGGAGCCCCCAGAAAACAGAAAUAAUUAAAUAGUGUUCAACAUUCAGUGAGCAUAAGCGGCCUUGGAAGGAAGCAACAGUUAACAAGAGAAGUGACACUGGACAAGUGGGCAUGUCACUGGCCUCCCUCAAUCUCACUGGCCUCCUUCUUAAACAGCAGUGCUCAGCCCACUUGGUAGUCCAGUUUCUAGCAUCUUCCAUAACCACCUGGCUAUGUCUGUGAAGGAGCUGGCUUCUGCACCCUGCCCUCCUGCAUGAGGCCUGCUCCCUCUUCCAGGCUGAGGCCAGUCUUUCUAUCUCCCUGAAUCCCCCAUGGCGUCCACCGUCCUGUGAGGUGGUAGCUGGUACCCUGUCCUCCAGUGGACGUUGGCCCUGUGAGGACAUAUAUACCUUGCAGGCCCUGUUUCCUCAGCACUCCACAUGGUUCCUGUCACAGAGUCCCUGGUACCCUUUCCUUUCCUCACACGUCUUGGUUCCCUCUGGGCGCUUACUCCCAGCACGUGGUCUAUUGAGGCCAGUCUUCUCUGUGUCCUCGGUUAUAAGCCCCACUCCCUGCGGUCCCCUCCUCACCCCCAGACUAACUCUUUAUGUCCGGGCCCAUCGUUGGCUCUGCGGACGGUGCUAUGAGAGGUUCCUGAGUGUUGGCCAGGUCACAGUGGGGACAGGUAGAGGGUGCACAGGAGAGGCGUGCAGGGUUCAUGCUGUGUGGGUGCCCACAGCCAGGCCACUGUGCCAUACGUCAGCCACUGCAGUCACUGUAUUUUAUUCUUAUACCUGUUAAUUCUAUAGAGAACAAAGGUCCAAAAUAAAGGAAAAGGCAAAACGUAGAGAGGAAAGGUAAAAAGUCAUGUUUAGCCUGUGGCUUGUAUUUUUUCUAUUUCCAGGGGGUCUCAGUGCUUCGUUCAACUCCGGGAGUCUUUGCCUGGGAACCCAAGCACAAUGGGACCUGUUCUCUGACAUUAAGCAUUCUUCCCUUUGAGUUCUUACUACUUUAGGAGUCAUAAGGGCUCUGUAGAUAAUUUUCUCCUUGUGCUAUUUUGUGUGUAUUUC